AGUGCAAACACGCUCGUUCAUCCUCACCGAUGGUGUGCAGAACAAGGGGGACUUCAAAAAACUUCUGAAACCAAAACCAAAACAUCCACAUUAUUUCAUAAACAAAGAAAAAAAAAUAGAAAAAAAUCCAUCAUGAGCUUCGAUUCUCACACCUCCUACCGCCGCCCCUGGGACAGCUACAGAGGCUCCCGACCCACCAGAACCUCCAUGUCCUCCUUCUCCUCCUCCUCCUCCCGGGCCCUGGCGCCGGGAAGGCGGCCCAUGUGGCCUUCAUCCUGCCUGCCGGACGCAUCGGAGCGGGUGGACCUGGCCCAGGCCUCCUCCCUGAACGCCGAACUGCUGGGGGUGCGUGCCCAGGAGAAGGAGCAGCUGGUAGGGCUGAACGACCGCUUCGCCACCUACGUGGAGAAGGUGAGGAGCCUGGAGCAGCACAACCGGGUCCUGCUGGCCGAGCUGGAGGUGCUGCGGAGGCGGCAGCGGGAGCCGUCCCGCCUGCGGGGGCUGUACGAGGGGGAGGCGCGCAGCCUGAGGGCCCAGAUCGACGCGGAGAGCGGCGAGAAGAUGCGCGUGGAGGCGGAGAGGGCCUACCUGCGGGACGUGCACCUGCAGCUGAGGGAGCGCUGCGGGGAGGAGGAGCGCCAGCGCCGCGGCGCCGAGGAGACCCUGCGGGGCGCCCGGGAGGAGCUGGGCCGGGCCGUGCUCGCCAACUGUGGCGCGGAGGCCAGCGUGAUCUCCCUGACCGAGGAGAUCGCCUUCCUGAAGAAGGUGUUCGCGGAGGAGCAGGUGGCACUCCGGGCCCAGCUGCAGGCCGCCAGCGUGGACGUGGAGGUGGAGGUGUCCCGGCCCGACCUGUCCGCCGCUCUCCGGGAGAUACGCGUCCAGUACGAGCGGCUGGCCAACAACAACAUGCGGCUGGCCGAGGACUGGUACCAGAGCAAGCUGGCCGGCGUGGCGGAGAUGGCGAGCAGGAACACGGAGGCCGUGCGGGCCGUGCGGGAGGAGACCAUGGAGUACCGGCAGCUGCUGCAGUCGCGCUCCUCGGAGAUCGAGGGGCUGAGGAACGUCAUCGAGUCCCUCCACAAACAGCUGGACGACUUGGAGGACUCUCAGGGUCAGGAGGUUGCCAAUUACCAGGUGAGGGUGAAUGAUCUGGAGAGGAAUAUCAAUGACGCAAAGCAGGAGAUGGCUCGCUAUCUGAGAGAGUAUCAAGACCUCCUCAAUGUCAAGAUGGCCCUGGACAUUGAGAUAGCUGCGUAUAGAAAACUCCUGGAGGGCGAGGAGUUCAGACUGACCUUCUCCACUCUCCCGGCCCUUCCCUUCCACUAAAGUGUCAUCUAAACUACAAUACCCAAGAUCCCCUUCCUUACCUCUAAGCUGUCAUCUCAAGUACAGUCCCAAAUAUCCCCUUCCCUACACCAACAUUUUCAUCUAAACUACAGUACCCAAUAUCCCCUUCCCUACCUACAUCAGCAGAUAUUCCACGUUUCCCUCCCUGACUUCACGUCCCUCCUUCACUUCCGUCUCAUCCAAUUCAACGUUCCUCAAACCUUACAGCUCCCGAGCCAGAUUCUGUGGUCCGGCUCCAUCCUCAUCUUAAGCUCAUUUUCCGAAGACAGAUGCGCCCUUGUUCUAUACAAGAGGUCCACAAGAAGGUCCCCCUUCUUCUCCACACACUGACACCACACAUCAGCCGAGAGAGAGAGAGAGAAAGCAGGACACUGCUGCGGGGCUGCACUGCAUCGGUCCUGGUUGAGGUCCAGAGC